UGAUGUAAAUAAUUAAACAGCAUUUGGGCUCAUAAAUGGAUUGAAAGAUAUGUCUGCGUAGGCCCAACAUUACUGAUAUAAACAAGUUCCAUUUUCCGGGUCGGGUCAUAAGAUCCGAAUUUGCAAAGGCACUCAAAUUUCACUCUCUUUGUUCAAUCUAAAACCCUAAGUCUUAUUUCGAUUAGCUUUCGCGAUUAACCUGAGUUUGACAUCGUUGAAAAUUUGAAGACACUUAAAUCUGCCAGAAUGGGCAAACCAAGCAAAGGAUCGGAAGUGACGACGAAAUCUGAUAAGAAAUUCGAGAAGAAGCUUCAAUUUUACACAAAGGUCAAAGAUACAGUUACUUCUUUGUCUGUCCAAAAGGAGAUUGGCAAGAAGAAGAAAAUUCGCAGCCGUCAAAAGAAGUUAAAGGCGUAUGAUCUCACCAACCUCUCGGAGUUUCUUCCUGAGUUUAAUGCUUUGCAGAAGUCAGCUCUUCCUGCACCCGAGUUGAAGAUGAACUGUAAAAGGAGACAAAAGCUCGUAUUAACGGAAGGGGAAAGAUUGAACAAGGUUCUAGACCAUCCAGCUUUUCAAGCUGAUCCAAUUGGUUCGAUAUUUCAGCAUUUGCAAAGUCAACAGCCACCGGAGGAAGAGAAGCCGAAGAAGAAGACUAACACAAAUGGAAGCAAGAAAAGGAAUAAGAAAAAAGGAAUGGCUGAAUCCAUGGAUUUCUGAUCUUGUCCUAUAGAGAUAAAUUUACUUAUGUUUUGUUUUGUUGUUUUGUUAUAGUAGUAACAAAAAACAUGAUUUUGGAAAUGAAGAAUCUUUAAAUUUGAUCCU